CGCUAGGAGGCAGUGUGCGCUUUCACCGCGCAGUAAGUUGUGGGAAUAAAUGAAGAGGAAAAGGCGCCGAGCGCGUGUGUUCCUUCAACAAGCUCAGUGAAACUUCCAGUCACCUCGCGGCCUGAAGAUUUAUUUUUACCACAUCCUAUUAAAGACUUUUGAGCUGCCAUGCCUGCGAAAAAAGCUGUGAAGAGGAGAAAAGAGAGUGAGACUGAGGACUCAUCCCUGAAAAAAGUGAAAGUCUCUCACAGGAGUCACAGUCAGGAGAAGGGCCUGGUCCUGGUUCUUGGGCAGGGAGACGUGGGACAGCUAGGUCUGGGUGAAGAUGUGCUUGAGAGGAAGAAACCAGCAAUGGUGACUCUUCCAGAGGGCAUUGUGCAGGCUGUUGCAGGAGGCAUGCACACAGUGUGCCUCAGUGACACAGGCAAUAUCUACACAUUUGGCUGUAAUGAUGAGGGCGCUCUGGGCAGGGAUACCUCCGAGGAGGGCUCUGAGAUGGUGCCAGGGAAGGUGGAGUUAGCGGAGAAGGUAGUGCAGGUAUCUGCAGGUGACAGCCACACUGCCGCUCUCACAGAAGAUGGAACCGUCUUCAUCUGGGGAUCCUUCAGGGAUAACAAUGGUAUCAUUGGCCUCAUUGAGCCGAUGAAAAAAUGUUCCUUGCCUAUCAAAGUCCCCUUAGACAGUGCUGUGGUAAAAAUAGCUUCAGGAAAUGAUCACCUAGUAAUGCUUACUGUGAAUGGAGCCCUUUACACUUCUGGCUGUGGAGAGCAGGGUCAGCUGGGAAGAGUACCUGAGUGCUUUGCCAACCGAGGGGGCAGAAAGGGGUUAAUGAGGUUGCUGGUGCCGCAGAUGGUCACGGUGAAGCCUCGAGGGAAGGUCCAGUUUACUGACGUCUUCUGUGGGGCAUACUUCACAUUUGCCAUAUCGAAAGAUGGUCAUGUCUAUGGUUUUGGUCUCACCAACUAUCACCAGCUGGGUACCGCAAGCACAAGCACAUGCUUUGUUCCUGUAAAGCUCACUGCUUUCAAAAAUUCCACGACCUCCUGGAUCGGCUUCUCUGGUGGACAACACCACACUGUCUGCUUGGACUCUGAAGGGCAGGUUUACAGUCUUGGCCGGGCUGAGUAUGGGCGUCUGGGCCUGGGAGAGGGUGUGACGGAAAAGAGUGAGCCCACAGCAGUUACGGGAAUCUCCAGGGCCUGUGUGGUAGCGUGUGGAGCAUCUGUGAGCUAUGCAGUCACUAAAGAAGGCUCUGUAUAUGCCUGGGGCAUGGGCACCAACCUGCAGCUGGGCACAGGAGAUGAAGAUGACGCUUGGAGCCCAGUGGAGAUGGUGGGCAAGCAGCUGGAGAACAGGGUUGUUCUGUCUGUCUCCAGUGGAGGGCAGCACACAGUCUUACUGGUCAAAGACAAGCAAGAGAGCUGAUAUUAAACCCAAAUGCUGAAAGCUGAGCUGUACUACUGUUCUGGUGGUAAUUGUAAAAAUAUAGCUUGAUCUGGGAUACUGGGGGAAAUUUGGGGUUGCUUAAACUUCCUGUACUGUACCGAGCUAGUUGGUUAGGCAAGAUUGGAGAUGUGUGAUGAGGUAAAGAUGGGUGGGUCUCAUCUGAUUAAACGUUUCUCCCACUUUGUGGAGAGCCCAAGCAUUCACUGGGUGCGUUCCAGCAGAUCAUGAUCAAAAAGACUAUUUUUUAAAACCUGUAUUUUUGCUUCUUUUUCUUAAUUCUUUUUAAUGCGAAUCGGUAGUAAGCAUUGUGAUGAUUGCCAGCUGUGAGUAAACGUAUGUAUGUAAUGUAUUGAUAGUUUAAACAGAGGUUUUAGGAAGUUUCCCUGCAAUGGGAUUUUAAAGUUAAUAUUUUUGCCCAGAGUAAUACAUAUGUACGGUGGCUGCAGCUGCAAAGUGUUCUUUACAUUUUUACAGGAAAAGAAGUUUGUUUGGUAUUGCUGUAAUUUGCAGUAUUCAACAGUUUUCCUUAAAAUGCAAAUACAAAUUGUUGAUUGCAUCCAUGAUGUGCUUGCCCUGUGGGAACUGUAAUAAAAAUUUAAGUCUUUA